GGGUGGCUAGAGGCAGAGAGAGGUGAACGCGGCCUGGGCCUGCCUGGGUGAGAGACCCUUGCCACUCACGCCCCGGGAACACUGGCGGCCAUGGCCGUGGCCCAGCAGCUGCGGGCUGAGAGCGACUUUGAACAGCUUCCCGAUGACGUAGCCGUCUCGGCCAACAUCGCCGACAUCGAGGAGAAGAGGGGCUUCACCAGCUACUUUUGGGGAGGGUUCCUGGCCUCGGGGGGUGGUGCAGCUCGGGGCCCAGAGACCAUGUGCUCAGACCAGGCUCCCAGGACAGCUCUUUGCACUUCCUCAGCCAAAGUGUACGUGGGUGUGAAACAGGAGAUCGCUGAGAUGCGGAUUCCUGCCCUCAACGCCUACAUGAAGAGCCUCCUCAGCCUUCCCAUCUGGGUGCUGAUGGACGAGGACGUCCGGAUCUUCUUCUACCAGUCAUCCUAUGACGCAGAGCAGGUACCCCAGGCGCUGCGCCGGCUCCGGCCACGCACCCGGAAAGUCAAGAGUGAAUCCCCACCAGGCGCCCUCUUUGACCGCAUGGCCGCUCCGAGAGCAGAGGCCCUGUUUGACUUCACUGGGAACAGCAAACUGGAGCUGAAUUUCAAAGCUGGAGAUGUGAUCAUCCUUCUCAGUCGGAUCAAUAAAGACUGGCUGGAGGAAGGUUAUAUCACGCAGGAGUUCCAGAGGGAGGACAUCGCCCUCAAUUACCGGGAUGCCGAGGGGGACCUGGUUCGGCUGCUUUCAGAUGAGGAUGUGGCGCUCAUGGUGAGACAGGCCCAAGGUGUCCCCUCCCAGAAGCGCCUCUUCUCCUGGAAGCUACAUGUCACCCAGAAGGAUGACUACAAGGUCUACAACACUGUCCCCUGAGCUGAU